AUGCGUACGCAGGUGCGCGAGGUUGUGCGCAUGCAAGUGGCACGCAAGGCCUCCUCACGGUACACAAGGCUUGCCUUUGCCUCUCCGGCUACAGCUACUGCCCGUCGGAGUGCUGUCCGAAGCUCGCAGGGACCGUCCCUCCUCCCCACCCUCUACACCGUCGCCGCCUCGGGCGCUCCGGCCACACUCCCGCCGGUGGCACAGGCACGACUCGCCGGCAGCCAGAACGACCAGGACGCCGCGGCUAGUCUGCCAGACCCAGUCAAGGCCAAGGCCAAGGCAUUGUCGGCGCUCACGGGUGCCCUGCCCAAGACACCCGAGCUUGUCGGCUUCUCUGCAGACGGCGCGCAGGUUGUCGCCGCAGCCGGCACCCAGCUGGCGGUCUACUCGCGGUUCGACAACGCUGCCGUGCCGCUCGUUGGUCCUCCGGACGCUGUAUGGGCACCAGGCGCGGGUGGCAUGCGGGUGUGGAUAUCUGGCGACGGCAGGAACGUCGUCCUCCUCGACGCCGCGCGCAAUGUCUGGCUCUGGGACGAUCGCUUCACCCUCGCCGCCGCACACCAUGUCCAGCGCUGGUUCCUCCUUGACGUUGAGAGCCGGCUUGAGCUCACGCCUGAUGCUGAGCCGCAUCUCGAUGUGGUGUUUGUGGCGUCGGCUGCCGCCCGCCGCGCCCUCAUCUCCCACACCCACGUGGCAGCCACGGGCCGCUCGGCUCUUGUCCACGUCCACAUGGCACACAUCCGCUUCCACCCGCCGUCGCACGAGUCCGCGGCCAACGCCACGCUUGCCCCGUUUGAUGUGUUCACUUCGUCGGCUUCGGCACCGCUCGCGCACGACACGGCAGCGGUCUCGCUGCGGUUGGCGACGGCGUGGGACCCGACGGCCUCGUUCCUCGCGGUUGUCCUCACGCCUCAGCUCGUCGCCAACUCGCUGCUUUUCCUCUUCUCACCAGCACGUGUAUCUGGAUCGGCCGCCACGCUCCCACUUAUGGGCUCUCUGCUGGAGAGUGGCGAGCUGAGGGCGCGGUCGGAAGACGCAGGCUUUGCCGUCGCUGCCCUCACAUGGCUUCCAGGCGCUGCCAUCCUCGCGCUUGUCAACUCGUACGGCCAGCUCGUGCUCGUAACUGCGCUGGGCGAAUUUGUUCUCACCCCGAGCCAGUGGCUUCAGCUCGACGGGAUCGGCAUCGACCGCGACGCCUGUGUCUUUGCCUCGUCGCGUGUUCCGCUUCACGCUGUUGUGCCGGCACACCGCGGUCUGCCGCCGACCGAGCUGUCACGAAGCCAGGUAUGGAUUGCCCCGGCGCUUCGGGCACCCGCUAGUAGUGAGCCCAUAUUUGGUGUCUCGGACGGCUUUGUGGUCGGGCUCUACGCGCUUCCGCCCGAGCUCGCAUCACACGAGGCACUAGCCCAUGUUGCGCUCGGGUCAGAAGUGCCGCUCUCAUCGCCGAUGCCGACUGCUGUUGCGCUGCAGCCAAUGUCGUCAUCGCGCCAGGCUCGCGCCUUUGCUACGCUCGCAUGGCUUGCCGCCAAUCCGGCCAUCCAGGUCUCGCCGCUCUUCCAUGAGCUGUUUGACGGCGCGCUGAUGUUGUUGCGGACGUCGGGUGCACUGAGCGCCCGGCUAGUGGCCGCCGACGAGGGCGCCGAGCUCGGCGACCGCACGCUGCAGCUGUUGGACCGCGCGCUGGUAUUUUUCAACAUCUCCCGCUCGAUUGAGUGUGCACUUGCUGUGGUGGCUCUUGUGCUCGACGCACUAGUUGCCGCCGACUGCGCGCGACAGGCCAGAUUUGUGGUCAUAGCCGCGGACGAGUGGCUCUCGGCCGCGCUCCGGCACGCCCCGAUUCUCAAGACUACCCCCGCGCCGCUUGUUCUACCACACACCCGGACAAAGGUCAUGUUCUCCGAGUCCGGCUCCCCAAGCCGCUACACACCUGCGCUUGCUGGGCUUGGCCGGUUUCAAGCCGAUCUUGCCCAUGCUCAGGUUUGGGACGAGUUGCUGUCGCAGCGAUCCGGCCUGGACGCGAUCUCGCCGGCGCAUGUCUCGCGCAAGUCGCGAAACACAAGCCGUGGGCACCGCUCAGGUGGUCGCUCGCGCGGUAACCGAAGCGCUGCCAUCGGCGAUGCUAGCGGCAUGGAGGUGACGUCCAAGACCGUGGCUGCCGCGGCGCGCGCUGGCGAUCCGGGUGCCCUCAUGGCGCAACUGCUUUGCCGCGGCGAGUAUGUUCGUGCGUUCAAGCUUGGCAGCGAGCUGCUGAGCUCCGUGACGCACCGGAAUUACGGCGAGCAGAAGACUGCAGCUGGCUUUGAGCGAAGCGCCAAACGAACUGCUCUUGUCUCACUCAUCCGGGUCAUGGCUGCGUUCUUCCUCGACCAUCCUCUGGUGGUCCUCGAGGCCGACGUGGUGGCGCGCGAUCCGCUCAACGUCUUUGCGCCGCCGUUUGCACCGGCGUCCGACCGCGAGGCCUGGCUUGGUCGGCACCGCUCGGUGGUCAUGGCAGACGUGACCAAGCUGGAGCGCGACCUGGGCCUCAUUCCGGAGCUCUCGGUACAGACCAUGCUCGAGUGGGCGCUUCAGCUCGGCCUGUUUGAGGAUGCCGUUCGCCUCUGUCUUGCACUCGAGGACUGGCGUUCGGCAUUCCUCGUCUCGUACGCGCAUCUCAAUGCCCACGUCCACGGCCCGGGCGAUGUGUUUGGCGGCAUCCACGCGCUUAGUGAGCAGCUCACGCCACGUGGCAUUCUCACCGCCAUGGUCAACGCCGGCCUCGCCACCGAGGGCAUCACCAUUGUGCUCUCGGCGCUGCAGGCCGCCGACCUCACCGCGCUUCCGUGCGCGCUCAAGCUGCGGGUGCAGACUGUACGAACGACGCUGCAUGCGCUCGACGCCAUGGUUGCCGACGCACGGAUGCCACUGGUGAUCGAGACGUCGUUUGAGCUCCCAGCUUCAACCUUUCCGCUGGUCGACCCGGGUGUGCUCGUGGGCCUUCUCUCUCAGGCCGACCGCAGCCACUCCAGCAGCGGAUCGACCGAGAGCGCCGCUGGUGCACCGUUGGUGUUUGCAUGGUCAGGCGCGUCUGCACGCGCGCUCAACGUCUGGGACGUCUCAUCUUUCUCGGACAUCUCGUCGUCAGUUGACGUGUCGACGAUUGUACUCGGUGGGCGAAGCUCGAGCUCGAGCGGGCUUGGAUUCGGUGGAAUGAUGGCCACAGGCGGGCCGUACUCUCCAACCAAGGCCGCGGCCUCGUCGCGAGGCUCGUCGUACAGCGAGGUCAAAAUGAGGCAGCACUUUUCGCUCGCCUCACACUACGCGCUGCUUGUGAUGGAGCCGCUGCUGGACGAGGCUAUGGCGUUGUAUGCCACGUUCCUCACUCACAGCGUGCAGAGCAAGGUGGGCGCGAGCAGUCGACUCGGCUCGCUCAAGAAGACGCUCGACACGUUUGCCACCGAGCUUGUGCCUGACGCCAUUGGCGGGCUCGAUGCGCCGUCACAGGGCGUGCUCGAUCUGGCUGUCUCGCUGCAAUCGCUGCUGCGGGCGAUGUGGAUGGUGUAUGCUCGUGAUCGCUACAACGGCGGGCUGCGGCUCGCCAACGCAGCGGCGACGCCGAGCGAUGCCGCCUGGGCACCGGUUGUUCGGUGGGCGCUCCGCCUGCUGCCAUUCACCGACAUGCUCGACAUUGAGCAGGUUCAGACGAGCGUGCUCUCGGCGCUAGAGCAGACGCUUGCCGGGGCACGUGGCGGUGUGUCGACCGAGAUCGAUGAGCUUGUGGAUGACGUCCAACGCGCGCUCCCGUCAUCGGCGGUGUGGUUCUCGGUCAAGCCUAUGUACGGGCGAGUGAUGGCGGCCGUGGCUGAGCGGGCAGCUGCGGCGCCAGAUCGCGAGAGCACCGGAGGGCGGCCAUCGCCGUUUGCGUAUGAGACCGACGUGGCGUUCAUCUCGUUUGUACUGCCACUGAUGCGGACGCUGGAGCAAGUCUCGUCGCAGGAGCUCGUGCCCGAGGCUUUCCAGCCGCUUGUCGAUGCCUCUCUCGUGGGCACAGUCGAAGCACUUCCGCCCAAGUCGCUUGUCAAACAAGCACAGCUCUCGUCGGCCAUCCUUGAUUGGUGCACCGGCGAGGUUGUCGACGGGUCGCGGCACCCUAGCCUCCAUGCUGUUUUUCUGGCGCUCAACGAGGCGCUGCACGCGCUGCAAGACUACGAGAGCAACGGACGGGCACAGCGGCGCGAGCAGCUGCUGACGAUGCAAAAGGAGGUCCAGGUUGAUGUCGCAACGCCGAUCAAGACGCCCAGACCGUCACCGUCAUCAAGCGCUUCGUCGGCGACGCCGUCGUCGCCGCCGCGAAAGGGACUCACAGCCGAAGAGCUCACGGCGCUUUUGGCGUCGUUCAAGAAGGACAUGCUGGCUGUACUGUCCGAGCAGGCCGGGGCAGCGAAAGCGGCAGCUGCCGACGCGGCAGCAGCAGCGGCAGCCACUGCGGCGGCAGCAGCUACAGCCACCCAGACGGCGUCCCCACCGUCUCCUGAGCGCGAUCGGCGGCCGCGACUGCUGCGGUUUACUAAGACGCCUCUGAAGGCAGCAAUGGUGAUGGAAACGGGCUCGCCGCAGCUUCUGCGGGUCAAACGGGUCGGCGAGCGUGGUCCGCCACUGGUGGCACUCAACACCCGCAAGACGUCGCCGCAGCGGAUUGUGAAGCGCAAGCGCGGAAAGCUGCUUAGGCUCGGCGGGAGUGUUGAGGCAUUUCAGCCAAAGCCAAUGAGUCGGGCCACUGGAUCGACGUUGGAUGACGGCGCGGAGGCAGGGACAAGGACCGGGAUUGACGAGUACCAGCGUGCAGCGACGGCAAACAUGGAGGCGAUGACCGAUUGCCUGCGGGCGAUGGCGGAGCAGGUGCGGCGGCAGUCGGGAUGGGGCCACGCGCCUGUGCCAACAGUCCGUGAGCCGAGCCGCAGCGAGGCGGCAGCAGACACAGCGGCAGCAGCGUCAUCGCCCCGUUCGACAAGGCGCAAGCACGAAGUCCACCGGGUUGAGACAAACGAGACGAGUGAGACGACGACAACGACGACAACGAGGAUGCCUGAACAUGUUGAUCCAGCGGCAAAUCCGCAAGAGCCGAUCGAAGGCGAGCAAGCAGAGCUCAAGGCCGGGUUCCCGGUCUUGCCUGGCUCGCUGUGGGCCGGCUUGCUUGCCAGCGAUGGCGACGGCAAGUCGAGUCGGCGCGCGUUCCUGGACGUGGUUGACAUUGAGUCGUUGUCGAUGGCGAGCCCGGCGAGUGGUCAGAUUGGACUGGUGACGCCGCCAGUCGAGCAGACAGCGGACGCCAGUGUGCGGGACGAGAAUGCGGCCGUGAACGAGAGCCUACGGGUUUCGGACACGUUUGCUGGCAUGCACUCGCAGCUGGCACGGGUGGAGCGGAUGGCAGCCAUGCUGGAGAUGGAGUUCGACGAGACCGACGCCAAGCUCGAGGCCGUAGAGGCCGAGCUCGAGCGGCUGUCGCCACAAAAGGGGCCACGGAUGGAUGUGUCCGAGCUGACUGGGGCCAGCAGCAGCAGCAUCAGCAGCAGCAAAGUGACGCGAAAGGGCAAGGACAAGGGCAAGAGCAAGAGCAAGGGUAAGAGUAAGUCGAGGCGGAGGCGGCGGAGUCGACGGCAGCAUCGGCAGUUUCGGGCCAAUCCGGUUCCGGACACUACGUAUCGUCCGGAUCUCUCGUUCAAGAACUUUGGCGGGCGCAGCUCAGGCUACGGCCAGGGUCGGAUGGACGACGCCGGUGGGCUGUCCGGCGACGAGCUGCUUGCGGCGCAUAUCCCGAAGCGGAUCGACAUUGCGUACGAUUUGAUGGAGCACAUGCUCGAGGAGGAGGAGCUGGAGAUGUCGAUUGUGUAUCCCGACGAUGCUGCCGAUGAGGUUGACUCUGAUCCUGGGGUGGAUCUUGCACCACGGACGCGGCCGCAGCCGAGCGAACCGCCUUUGCUGGCGAACCUGUUUGAUCCUGACUUUCAGCGGUCGGUCCUCGUCUCGCUCCGGGAGAGCGGCAACAGCGGCGGCCGUUGA